AUAAAUAGACAUACACCUCUCUUUCCCGGAAAAUACAGACAAUUUUCUUUUUCCUUUACAAUGUUGGGAAAGAAGUGAGACCCCUUUUGUAUUUCUUUCCUUUCCAUUCUCCCUAGCAAUGAUGAUGGUGGUGAAGAAGAAGAAGCAUUAUUUUCGUUGCUGUGAAUGGAAGUGGAUUGUGCUUUGCCAGCUACUCCUAGCUAAUGCUGUUUGCGCCAGCCACCAUGGGAACCCUGCAAAUGAUCUUGUUGAUAUCAUCAAUAAGAACCGAACAGCCCAGAAACUCCCCGAGCUGAACGACAGCCCCGGCCUUGGCUGCAUGGCUCUGCAGUAUGUUGAAUUAUGCAAGGAUAACUGCACUAGCAAUGGUGUUGUGAAUUGCAAACCACCUGAAGAUGACUUUACUGAGGUUUUUGGUCCGAACUGUGGUGUAGAGCUGCCCACUUUUGGCACCAUAACUGGCCAUGUCGUAGGUUGUCAAGCUAAGUACCUUGAGCCAUCACUAGCCUUUUCCCAUGUUCUUGUCAAUGACAGUAAAGCUUUAUCCCUGAUUAGAAAUAAAUCACAUACAGAAGUGGGAGUAGGCUUGGUUGGGGCUCGUAAAGGUUCCUUCUUUUGGUGUAUUUUAUUUAGUGAUGGCCAGACAAAUUCCACUUUUGUUCUUGAAGAUAACGGCGAAGGGAUCAAGCAAAAGACAGGGUGCUUUAGUGGGAGCACUUUUCCAUGCAGUGGCGGACAUAGGAUCCCUGUGUUUCUCAACAAUUUUAUGACCAUGGUUCUUCUAAAUAUUUUUCUGCUACAACACUUGUAUCAAACUUGGUUUGUAAUGAUGUGAAUGAUUUGCUGAGACAGUUAUGCUUGGAAAUUUUGUUAUAUAGGUGGGAGGACAUUAUUUUUGGUUGUCGAA